AUGCACAUCUCACUCUAUUCCUCCCGCCUACACCAGGAGGCAGCGAAGCAUACCGAACUGGACUUCUACCGCGCCACGCUUUAUCAUCUAGUACACGUACCGGACCCCUCGACACACCCGCCACAUGCACAUGGCGAUCACCCAGCGGCAGCGGCAGUGGCAGUGGCAGCGGCAGCGACGGCGCACGUACUCGUGUCAAUGACACCGGCGUACCCACUUGCCCAACGGCCAUGUGCAUGUGCUGCGACACCAGCGCGCGAGCUGAGUGCUGCGGCCCACGCGUUCUUGAAGCAGUGGUACGUGUAUCGAGGGUUAGGACAGGGAGCCUAG